AUGCAGGUGAAUUGCAUUUUGAGGUCUGGGUUGCUGUUUGCCACUCUGUCUCUUGUCAUCGCCAAGCACAGGCCAUCUUCCUCUGCGAAAGGUUGUUACCCAAAGGGCACACUGUCCCAGGCUGUUGACAUGCUUUACAUCAAGGCAGCGUGGCUCAAAGCAACAAUUCCAGAAGACCACAUAAAAAAUAUACGAUUGUUAAAAAGGAAAACAAAAAAGCUAUUUAUGAAAAACUGCAGAUUCCGAGAACAGCUUCUGUCCUUCUUCAUGGAAGAUGUUUUUGGUCAACUCCAAUUACAAGUCUGCAAGGAAAUACACUUUGUGGAAGAAUUUCAUAGCCUUAGGCAGCAAUUGAGCCGCUGUAUUUCAUGUGCUUCAUCAGCCAGAGAGUUGAAAACGAUUACCAGGAUGAAAAGAACAUUUUAUGGGAUUGGAAACAAAGGAAUCUACAAAGCUAUUAGUGAGCUGGAUAUUCUUCUUUCCUGGAUGAAACAAUUCCUGGAAAGCAUUAAGUAAUGCAAGAAGCCAA